AAUACGCGAUCCGUAUGCACGACUUUGUUUAAACAAUUAUUCAACGCUCGAUUGCAACAAACAACGCGGAGCAUUGUGCCGGCUAAUUGGUGCAAAUUCGUUAGAACCGGUAUACAGGCGCGUUUUUAGUGUAGUUAUCUAUUUGUGAGAAAACGCUUAGCCAAAAUGGAUAUGGAAACAGAAGAUUUAAUGUGGAAGGCGAUCUAUACCAGACUGCAGUCGCACAAGUCUCAGGAUCAUGCGCCAAGUGAUCAUGAAAUCAGAGCUCCGAGGAGUUGGAAUGGUGCUACAGCGGUAUAAAUUGAACACAAGCUAUAAAAAUUGCCUGGACGCGGUCAGUGUUCUAUUAUACCUCAUUGAAAAUUAUUUUUGACAGUCUGCGUGAGUAACCGAAAUAUGCAUCUGAUAAGCAACAAAGCCUUCAUAAACGGCAGUUGGAUCUCGGCAAGUACAAACAAGGAAUUUGAGGUUAUAAACCCCGCAAAUGGACAAGUGGUAGGUAAAGUCCCUGAUAUGGACGUCCAGGACACUCAGAAGGCCAUAGAGUCGGCUGCCGAGGCUUUCAAGACAUGGCAAUUCACUACUGCUAAAGAGCGGUCCACACUGCUGAGAAAAUGGUAUAAUUUGUUGGUUGAGAAUCAAGAGAGCAUUGCGAAGAUCAUGACUGCGGAAUCUGGAAAGCCUCUAGCUGAAGCCCUAGGUGAAGUCAACUACGGCAACUCGUUCAUAGAAUGGUUCUCGGAGUUGGCACGAAAUGUUCGGGGUGAAAUCCUACAGAGUCCAGUACCAAAUAAAAAACUGUUUGUUGAACACCAUCCUAUUGGGGUCGCAGCUCUUAUAACACCUUGGAACUUCCCUCAUGCAAUGAUCACGAGGAAAGCUGGGGCUGCCCUUAGCGCUGGAUGUACCUGUGUGAUUAAACCUGCCGAGGACACACCUUUGACAGCUUUAGCGUUGAUGAAACUCGCGGAAGAAGCGGGGAUACCUAAAGGAGUACUCAACGUUGUUACAAGUAGCAGAGAACAAGCUCCUGCUAUUGGGAAAUUGUUGUGCGAGAGUCCCUUAGUUGCAGGGAUAUCCUUUACAGGUUCAACGCAAGUAGGCAAGAUCCUUUACAGACAGUGCGCCUCAGGAGUAAAACGACUAGGAUUAGAACUAGGCGGCAAUGCACCUUUCAUAGUCUACGACUCGGCAAAUCUGCAGAACGCCGUCCACAGCGCUUUAGCGUCAAAAUUCAGAAACUGCGGUCAGACUUGUGUCGCCUCUAACAGAUUUUUAGUACAAGAUAAAAUCUAUGAUGCGUUUGUUUCAAAAUUAGUAGAGGAAGUCGAGAAAUUGAAGAUAGGCGACGGAAGUAAGCCUGGUAUUAAUCUUGGACCUCUUAUAAAUCAAGCUCAGUUUAAGAAAGUAUCUGAAUUAGUUGACGACGCAGUUUCAAAAGGCGCUGAGGUCAAAACUGGCGGCAAACCAGUUCCAGAGCUGGGAGAGUUCUUUUAUAAACCUACAAUCCUCACAAAUAUAAAAGAAAACAUGCUGGUUUACACUGAAGAAGUCUUCGGACCGGUUAUCAACGUGAUCAAGUUCGAGACUGAAGAUCAAAGUCUUCAGAUAGCUAAUAACACUGAAAGGGGUCUAGCAGGGUAUUUCUUCAGCGAAGACGUCGCGCAAAUUUUUAGGGUAGCGAGGAAACUUGAAGUCGGUAUGGUCGGUGUGAAUGAAGGAUUGAUAUCGACGGCUGAAGCGCCUUUUGGAGGCGUGAAAGAGUCCGGGUUAGGGAGAGAGGGGUCGCAUCACGGGGUGGAAGAUUUCACGUAUAUCAAGUAUAUUUGUGUAGGGAAUUUAAAUUAAUUUUUCUUUUGUAUGUUUUACAAAGUGUCAGUUAAGGGCUGCGGGAGUAUUACGUAUUUUGAGAAGUGACAUGUCGGCUUUCUUUAACAUUAUGUUAAGUUGUCAGCUUAACACUUGAUGUAAUAACCCUGCAGUAAUAAUUACAGUAUGUCAGAAAAAAAUUAAAGCCGGAAUCGUUAUUCCUCAAAAAGAAACAGUGGCGUAUAGAGAUGGCCGAUAUUGUUGUGUUUGAAUAUCUGUCAUGUCUGAUACAGUUAGUUUUUGUUUAGAACCGAAAAUGGUAUUUUUAGCGAAACUUGACCGAGAUGUCUAAUUGAACACGUUCUUAUUGAAAGUAAUUUGGACAACUAACUUAAUCGUCAAUAGCUCAUAGUAAUCUCUAACUUGUCAUACAGGGUAUCCCAUUUUAAUCUCCCCACCAAAAUAUUUCGAAAACUAUGCAUCUUAGAAAUAAAGUUUCAAUCAAAACCUGUAGCGUUUCGAUAUGGUCAAACGUGAAUGGCCAUAUUCGAAGAACGAUUUUAAGAUUUGGUUAAUCGCGGAAGACCAAAUCGUAAAACGUCGGCAACCUUACGAUUUGGUCAAUCGUGGUUGAUCGGUUGUUACAUUUGUGGAUGACCAAAUCGUAAAUCGUCGGUUUUACGUUCUGGUCAAUCAUGGAAGACCAAAUCGUAAAACGUCGACAAUCUUACGAUAUGGUCAAUCGUAGUUGACCAAAUCGUAAAUCGACGAUUGUACGAUAUGGUCAAUUGCGGAAGACCAAAUCGUAAAUCGUCGGCAACCUUACGAUAUGGUCAAUCGUGGUUGACCAAAUCGUAAAUCGACGAUUGUACGAUAUGGUCAAUUGCGGAAGACCUAAUCGUAAAACGUCGGCAACCUUACGAUUUGGUCAAUCGUGGUUGACCGGUUGUUACAUUUGUGGAUGACCAAAUCGUAAAUCGUCGGUUUUACGUUCUGGUCAAUCGUGGAAGACCAACUCGUAAAUCGUCGGCAACCUUACGAUAUGGUCAAUCGUGGUUGACCAAAUCGUAAAUAGACGUUUGUACGAUAUGGUCAAUCGCGGAAGAUCAAAUCGUCAAAUGAUUACAAUUUACCGAUAUUUUCAAUCUUGUAUGACCAAAUCGUAAAACGUCGAUUGUACGAUACGGUCAAUCGCGGAAGAUCGACUCGUAAAACGUUAGCAAUCUUACGCUGUGGUCAAUCGUGGUUGGCUAUUUACCGAUAUGGUCAUUUUUGGAUGACCAAACGUACAACGUCGAUUUUACUAUAUGGUCACUCGCGGAAGACCAAAUCGUAAAACUUUGGAAGCCUUACGAUAUGGUCAAUCGUGGUUGACAAAAUCAUUAAACGAUGACGAUUUACCCAUAAUGGCCAAUCGAGGAUGACCAAAUCGUUAAACGUUGGCGAUUUACCGAUAUGGAUAUGGACCUUUCUAGGUUAAGUGAACAUUUUCAAAUAGAACCCGCAAUUUUUGCAUCGGAGGAAAUUUGAGGUCAUUUGAAAAUAUUUGCUUGAGCUUGAAGGUCUUGGGCAAGGUCAUUGUCAAGGUCACCGUCAUGUUUUUGCCUCCUCGGAACCCUACAACUUUUGACCUAAACUUUUUCUAGAAUGCACAGUUUUCGGAAUAUUAGAAUGGGACAUCCUGUAUAUUCUGAGCAAAAUACCGCGAUAAAAUCGUAUGAAUCGCGCUAACAAAACAGUUAAGGCCCGAGAUUGCUUUAGGUCAUUUAGCAAUCCUACAGUUGUAUACGAUUUUCGACCUUACACUUAGAAAUAUCAGUUACGAAGUGACGGUUCGUGAAAUAUCUAUCAUCACUAGUGUACAACUAUCGAAGAUGGAAAAGUUUUACUACCCCGCGUUAUAUUAGUAAAAACUUUUUGCUGAAACCAGCCCUAAAUUUUUCGUGACAACGCAUUCGGUAACACUCUGUUGAUGGAUGCCUUAAAAAUAAAUAAAAAUAAAUCAUUUUGAAAACACGCGACCGCUGGUAACAAAAACACAUUGCAAGGUCUUGGGUACGUUCACAUUAUUUACAUAUUUACUGCAGUCGUCUGAUCAAUUGUGAAUUUAUAACAAUGCAAUGCACACUGUGUAAAUAUUGGACAUACCGAGUCCGUUUGUAUUUAUGUUUUAAAACAAAGCAUGCAUGUAAGUAAACAUGGACUUUCUUUCCAUUAUAUUCCUAGGUAAGCAAUGAAAAUAAUGUAUCUUCCAAAGUAUCGAUAGCAAUAUGGUUCAAAAUUGUGAGCAAAAUAUCGCCGUCUUCCAAAAAGUCUUCCAAAAUGUUCACGUAGAUGUAGUGCGAAACGUUAUCUAUAAAAUGCUAGGUAUUUU